CUGGCUCCACUCUCUCCUCCGUCUCCUUCCACCACGGGACUCUCUAAUCGGCCAUCUCCACCGUUAGCGUUUCGAUCUGAAACCUCACGAUCUACUCGAAACAGAUUUUCACAAAUUUAGAAUAAUGUCUGCCCCUACGAUCCAACCUCAACCUCAACAGCAUCAGCAGCCAAAGACGAAACAACCGGAGCCAGCUUCAUCUCCCGAAGAAGAAGCCUUGAAACGGAACACCGACUGCGUCUACUUCCUCGCCUCUCCUUUAACCUGCAAGAAGGGAGGUGAGUGUGAGUAUCGUCACAGUGAGUAUGCAAGGGUUAAUCCAAGGGAUUGUUAUUAUUGGUUGAGUGGGAACUGUUUGAAUCCCAAAUGUGGCUUUCGCCAUCCUUCUUUGGAAGCUCCUCCUGGUGGCUCUGUGAAGCAGCCGGUUCCAUGUGUUUUCUUUCAGAAGGGUAUGUGUGCUAAAGGAGAUAUGUGUUUAUAUAUGCACACGCCGAAUCUUGCUGGUUAUAGAAAGCAGCAUCUUGCAGAAGCUAAGUCUGAUGGUGAUGGUGAUGAUCCUCGGUUUUCUAAAAAGACUGUUGAGAAUGACACCGGGGAGAAGAAAUUGGGUGAUGUUAGUCUCCCAAAAGCAGUUAAAGCCCAUGUUGACGUAUCUUCUGGCUUAAGGGAUAGUAGAGGCGUGGAGGGAUAUGAGCCUGUUGUGCAGAAAAAAGGGUUUAAUUCAACUCAGUUGCAUGGUUCUGAUGAUAGCAAUACUUUUCACAAUGGUAAGGAUGUAGAUGAGGCCUUGAGAGAGUCGUCUCCUGGGUUUAAUGUUCUUGUGGAUAACGAGGCUAGAGAUUCUGAGUAUUAUCAUGUUGAAGAUGGGUAUGGACGGAGAAGUCAGGAGAGACUGAACUCUUUGAAUGAGUAUGAUGGAGAUGGAGAUGGAGAAACAUUCCGCGACAGGCACGCAUGGGGCCACCGUCUAGUUUCUUCUGAGAGAGGAGAUCGUUCAGAAAGGAGGACUUACGAGGGAGAUGAAAGAUCAGAGAACAUACUAGCAUCGGAUCUGAGAUAUCGUUUGGCUAAGCAGAGGAAAGUUAAUGGUAUGGUAUCAGUAGGAAGCCAUGAUGAUGCUGCUGCUCCUGACUCUUCAAUGGAAAGAGGAUACAGAGACUCUCGUAGGAAUACACCGAGGGAAAGCUCGAUUAGCAGCAGCCGUCUUCAGGGUAGAAUUAAGCUUCGUGAGAGAAGCAAAGGCGAGGAGGCUCACUUUGACAGGAGAACUGAGAGAGGAAGGGAUAGUAGCGAGUUACCUCAAGGUAGACUCCGAGAUAGAAUUAAGGGUAGGUUAGAGGAAAACCAUAGUGAUAAUCAGGAAAGAGGUCUACGAGCUCCAUGGGCAAGAAGAAGAGAAAUGGAAGAUGAACGAAGAUCAGAAACCAAAAGCAGCAGAAGAGAGGAGAGUAAGACAGAGACAUCUCUUGGGAAGAGGAAAAGCUUGGAGGAUCAUCAUCCCCAUAAGCCAUCAGGGGAUUCGUUUGCAGCUCCAUUACCUUUCAGUGAGAUUCUCAAGAGAAAAAGAGCAGCUGCAUCUGGUGGUGACAGCAACAACAAGGACCAGACACCUCAAGAAACGAUAUCAAAGGAGGAAGGUGGAGAGGACACCAAACUCGUGACAGAAGAGGAAACCGAGGUGGUCAUUGAACCCAAACCAAUCCACGAAGAAGCUGAAUUAGAAGAAGGAACGAUUCAGGUGGAAGGAGAAGAAGUGAUUGGGGAAGAGGAGGAGCAAGUGUAUGAAGGAAAUGAAGAGGAGCAAGGUUAUGAAGGCGACGAGGUAAACGGGGAGUACUAUUACGAAGAAGGAUAUGAAGAAGGUGGAGAAUACGCUUAUGAAGAAGGUGAAGAAGUUGUUUACGCGGCUGAGGAAGGAGAAGAAGUAGAGGGUGAUGAAGAUAUUGAGAAGAAGACUGACGAGAUAUUUUCAUAG